CAGCGGCAUCGGUUGCAUCGCGACUCUGCUCUGACUUACAUUAUCAACGCACUUCUGUGUAGAGUAAAAUAAUAAAAUUAAUAUAAUACGCGCACAACGCUCUUCUUUCUGUGCUUCAUGUGUGCCGCUGGUGCAGUUAUAACGACGGAAUUACUUAUUAUUACGAACGUUGAACGAGUGCGGGCACGCGAUCGUCGCAGUUGACCUUCGCCACCGCUAAGAGAGUGAUACGCACAACGCCACAUACAUGAUAUAUAUAUCAUAUAAGAAUCGUUUUUCCUCGUCGUCUUCGUCGUACGAGUGAGCCGCCGCCGAUUGUUGCACCGCGACGAACAGCAGCAGCAAGCAAAUCUCGACGCAAGGUGUAGGGAUAGAAGGACCCAUCGAGACAUAUAUCAAAGACUCGAAAACAAGCCGCGCGCUCAUCAUGCUGUGAAAUUAAAAGCGCCAUGGUUGAUGUCCCCCCCAUUACCAAGUGACAAUCAGAUCGUAACGCGCGAGCACAAUGACAAUUAACGCGGUAACAACGGCAAUGUCGCGGCAGUGACAGAGGAAAGCGCGCCUUAAUACGACGAGAUCUCGUAAACGAGAAUGAUUACGAGAAGUGCAGUAAUGGAAAACAAAACUCGCAGUGUGUGACAGUUAACGGCCCAAGGUGUGCAUGUGCUUGUGUGUGUGUGCGUGCUUAAAUAAAAGAAAGAAGAAAUAAAGGAAGGUAUAAGGAGUUGUGUGCGUGCGUGUAGAUACAAAAAAGCCGACGAGACGCAGUUGUCUCGCCGCGCAAGAAGAUCGCAUCCGGAGUAAUAUAAGGCGAUUUACGAUUCUUGAUACGAGGAUCGGAAACACGAUGAAGUUCGCGUGGAUUUUUGCUAUUUGCUGCUGUUGGCUCGUCGUCGACGUCGCCGAGUCGAGAGAAAUAGAGCCGGCGGCGACCGAUCAGCUGUUCCGCGAGCAGCAGCAGGAGCAGCGACAAGUCAACAAUAACGCGCCGAAAGUCCGACGACGUCGCUUUACCAUCGACGAGCUUCUCAGCAUCACUUUUCCAAAUCUUAUCACCGGUGACCUCGAUUUGGACGUUUGCAAAGCUGGUGGCUUCUUAGGAGACAUUGCGUUGCCAAAUAUUUUAGUCGAAACUGAAUGGCGACAGCAGAAAAUCAAUAGAACCUUUUUCGAUGAAUUAGACAAGUUUAGAGAGGAAGUAAUGGUCGAAGGACUGCAAAUUGAAGAGGAGGGCCUACCAGAAUUAUCGAAAUUGAAAGAUGAAGUUUCCACAAGUAAUAAAAAUAAUUAUGUUAAGAAAAAUAACGUACAAUCGGAAUCUAUUUUUCCUGAUGAGAAUGAAUAUAUUUUUAGUUCGAAAGCACCGAAGAAAAUUGAUCCAAUUAAAGUCGACGACAGUGCUUACACUUCUAGAACGAGCGAAAUAUCUACCGAGAUUCCUCAGAAAAAAUUGCGAAACCCUAAAGCUCGGUUCAGUUCGAUGAAGAGUAAAAAAGCGAGUGAUACAGGAUUAUUAUCAGAUUCGAAAGAGACAAUGUCUAAGAAAACUAUUUCCAAAGAAAAUAUUACUAGACUUUCGGAGGAUGAUACCAAAGAUUCAAAUUACAAAAUAAAUGCCACGACAGAUGUCGCAUCGGUUCGCAAACGAAGACAUCAUCAAAAAAAGUCGGCUACAGAACGGGGUCGCGAACGCCGAGAGCGUCUGGCUCGACGCAGAAGCCGGAAAAAGGCCAAGCUGCUGAUCCAGCAGCGCAGGCAGAAGCAGCAGGAGCGGAGGCUCAAGGCCAAGCUCGAGGCUGCCGCCGCCGCCCGGGCCUACGACGAGGACGACGACGAGCGACUUCAGCUGGCCUCGACCUUCGGCCACGACGAUCGGCAACGGCAGCAGCAGCAUCAUCGGCUCAUGCGAUCGGUGGAGUUUUACAACGAGCACAAGUCCUUCCUCGGCUCGGAGGCUCGCAGACUCUUUAAUUCGGCGCAGACGUCGUCGUCGGGCUCGAGGCAUCAUCAUCAUCAUCAUCGAUCGGAGCUGAUCAGGAGCAGACGCGCCGCCACAGCGCGAAAGGAAAGAGUCUGGGACCACGGGGUCAUACCGUACGAGAUAGAUGGCAACUUUUCCGGCGCGCACAAGGCCCUGUUCAAGCAGGCCAUGCGCCAUUGGGAGAACUUCACGUGCGUCAAGUUCGUCGAACGAGUGCCCCGCGAGCAUCCCAACUAUAUCGUCUUCACCGAGAGACCUUGUGGAUGCUGCUCGUUCGUCGGCAAGAGAGGAAAUGGACCGCAGGCCAUUAGCAUCGGCAAGAAUUGCGACAAAUUCGGCAUUGUCGUGCACGAGCUCGGCCACGUAGUCGGCUUCUGGCACGAGCACACGCGGCCCGAUCGCGACCGACACGUGCAAAUAAUACGCGACAACAUAAUGACGGGUCAAGAGUACAAUUUCAACAAGCUGACCGACGACGAGGUCAACUCGCUGGGCCUGCCUUACGACUACGACUCGAUAAUGCACUACGCGAAGAACACCUUCUCCAAGGGCACGUAUCUCGACACCAUCCUGCCGAUGGAGAUGCACGGCAAGAAGAGGCCCGAGAUCGGCCAGCGAGUGCGCCUCAGCGAGGGCGACAUCGCCCAGACCAAUCUCCUUUACAAGUGUCACAAAUGCGGCCGAACGUUCCAGGAGAACAGCGGCAGCUUCGGCUCGCCCAGCCACCCGAACAGCUCGCCGGCGAGCGAGCCCGAGCGCUGCGAGUGGCGCAUCACCGCGACCCACGGCGAGCGCAUCGUCCUCAAUAUCACCUUUCUCGACAUAUUCAAGAGCGACUAUUGCCGCAGCGAUUAUCUCGAGAUUCGCGACGGUUACUGGCACAAGAGUCCCGUUUUGGGACGCUUCUGCGGCAGCGGCAAGAUGCCCGAGCCCGUGGUGUCGACGGGCAGCCGCAUGCUCGUCACCUACGUCACCUCGGCCAGGCAGAGCGGCCACGCGGGCUUCAGCGCCGGCUACGAGGCCGUCUGCGGGGGCGACGUGAAACUCGACGGCCUCGGCCACCUCGAGUCGCCGAACUAUCCCGAGGAGUACCAGUCGAGCAAGGAGUGCGUCUGGCGUCUCUCGGUGCCCCAGGACUAUCAGGUCGCCCUCAAGUUCCAGUCGUUCGAGAUCGAGAGCCACGACAACUGCGUCUACGACUAUCUCGAGGUCCGAGACGGACACGCGCCCGAUUCGCCGCUGAUAGGCGUCUACUGCGGCUACAAGCUGCCGCCGGACGUGCGCUCGAGCGGCAACAAGCUGCUGGUCAAGUUCGUCAGCGACAGCUCGGUGCAGAAGGCCGGAUUCUCGGCGACCUUCAUGAAGGAGUUCGACGAGUGCGCCCUGACGGAUCACGGCUGCGAGCACGACUGCGUCAACACCAUCGGCGGCUUCGAGUGCACCUGCAAGCCCGGCUACGAGCUCCACUCGGACGGCAAGCAUUGCGAGGACGCCUGUGGUGGCGUGUUCAAAUCCAACAACGGCACCAUCACCAGCCCGUCCUUCCCCGAGACCUACCCCGGCAACAAGCACUGCGUCUGGGAGAUCGUCGCCCCUGCCCAGUACCGCAUCACCCUCAACUUCACGCACUUCGACCUCGAGGGCAACAACGUGUACGAGCAGCCCUGCGAGUACGACUGGGUCGAGGUGUCCAGCAAGCUGGCCGACGACGUGCUCAAGAAGCACGGCACCUACUGUGGCUCGAGGUCCCCGAGCCUCAUCACCUCCGAGGGCAACUCGCUCAAGGUCGUCUUCUCGUCCGACAACAGCAUGCAAAAAUCCGGCUUCGCCGCGAUCUUCUUCACGGACAUGGACGAGUGCGCGAACAACAACGGCGGCUGCCAGCACGAGUGCAAGAACACGAUCGGCUCGUAUCACUGCUCCUGCCACAACGGCUUCACCCUGCACGACAACGGCCACGACUGCAAGGAGGGCGGCUGCAAGUACGAAAUAACGGCGCCCUCGGGCACCAUCACCUCGCCCAAUUAUCCGGAUUAUUAUCCCGGCAAGAAGGACUGCGUCUGGCACUUUACGACCACGCCCGGCCACAGGAUCAAAUUGAUCUUCAAAGUCUUCGACAUGGAGCCGCACCAGGAGUGCGCCUACGACCACAUCGCCAUAUACGACGGCGACUCGCCGGACAGCGAGUCGCUCGGCCAGUUCUGCGGCAACAAGGAGCCCCAUCCGAUCCUGGCCACCGGCAAUCAGAUGUUCAUGGUCUUUAAGAGCGACACGUCGAUACAGAAGAAGGGCUUUUUCGCGCAACACAUGACGGCCUGCGGAGGCCACCUGAUGGCGUCCGACAAGGUCAAUUACUUCUACUCGCACGCGAAGUACGGAAGUCAAGACUACGAUCACCGGAUGGACUGCGACUGGACCAUCGAAGCGCCACUCGGCAAAAACGUGCAUCUUAACUUUCUGUCCUUCGAUCUCGAGGAUGAAAUUGACUGCAGCUACGACUGGGUGGAGGUACAUUCCGGCCUGGACACGUCGAGUCCGAGUUACGGCCGAUUGUGCGGAAAUUCGAAUACGACGGAUAUCAUAUCGAUCAACGAGGCUCUGCUCGUCCGCUUCCGCACGGACGACACGAUCACGAAGUCGGGCUUCGCCGCCAAGUACUACGCCUACGAUCGGUCGGAAAGCGAGGAGAUCGUCGGCUUCGAGAGCGAAGAUGAAGACGGCUUGGUAAAAAUUUGAUUAUACGAUAACCUUUUAAGUUAAUUUUACGACCUCCUUUGAAUGUGCCAUACGCAAACACGUGUCUCCCGUUGAUAAUGAAGAUAUUAUAAAUUGUGUGUAACCAGAAAAAACUGACAAAGAGACUCUGUAAUAUCGUCUUCUUCUUCGUUUUUUUUUUAAUCUUGUUGUCGAGUAAUUUUUUUCGAUAGAAAAAAAACGUUUGAUACUUCAAAAAAGUAUCGAAUCGUAUGUAUCGCAGCGUAGGUUUUUUUUACAAAAAAUUAUUAUUGACAGCGCCUUCUUUACAGACUGUUAGUUUUAUUUUAUAAAUUGCUUCUCGAUUACGAUGAGGUGUUUAAUUUUUAAUGUAUAGUUGAAAGUUCAAAAAACUAUAACUAUUCGAUCUUUUGAAAUCAGCAUAUCAAAUAUAAGUAAGCAGUAUUUAUUCAUUAAAAUUUACUGAUGACAGCUAUGCAACCCGACUGAGAAGACUGUCUUGAAAGAUAAUAACUUUCAUUAAAAUAUGAAUCUUUAAGAAAAAGUAAUGCUCACUUUUGAUCAAGGUUCUAUAAGAAUGGUUACGUUUUACGAGUUUAAAAUCGAACAAAUUCGACGUAAGUCAAGCUUGAAGUUUAAUGUUAUUCAAGAUCUACUUAUCUUAUAUAAUAUAACAAAUUUUUGUAGAAAUAUCAUUAAUAUUACGUUUAUUCUUUUUUUGCAAACUCAUUGUGUAAGAUAAUAUUUUGAUGUGAUCUUUAUGAUGAAAAAAGGUCUGCUCGUUACUUGGUAACGCGUGAGUGAUACUCUAGCUGAUAGACGAACAAAUUAGAUUCAAGUGCAUUGAAUUAAUUACUUAUAUAAAUAAAAUGUACUCAUGAUAUUUAUAUGCAUUAUGUAAAAUUGAAUGUAAUAAUUAUUAGAAAAUAAUUAAAUUUUAAAGAAUAGGAAAGACUUGAUUAUGACGAAAAAAUCUUAAAUGAUUACAUACAUAAUAUUAAAUGUUAUAACGUUACAAUGAAAAAUAUAUCAAUUAUGAAUAGUA